AUGACCAACAGCCAGUGCCAGGUGUCCAACAGCCAUGCACUGAUGACCAACAGCCAGGCACUGAUGACCAACAGCCAGUGCCAGGUGUCCAACAGCCAGCCAGGCACUGAUGACCAACAGCCAGUGCCAGUUGUCCAACAGCCAGGCACUGAUGACCAACAGCUAGUGCCAGGUGUCCAACAACCAGGCACUGAUGACAAACAGCCAGGCACUGAUGACCAACAGCCAGUGCCAGGUGUCCAACAGGCACUGAUGACCAACAGCCAGGCACUGAUGACCAACAGCCAGUGCCAGGUGUCCAACAGCCAAUGCCAGGUGUCCAACAACCAGGCACUGAUGACCAACAGCCAGUGCCAGGUGUUCAACAGCCAGGCACUGAUGACCAACAGCCAGUGCCAGGUGUCCAACAGCCAGGCACUGAUGACCAACAGCCAGGCACUGAUGACCAACAGCCAGUGCCAGGUGUCCAACAGCCAGGCACUGAUGACCAACAGCCAGUGCUAG